GUUGAAAGUUGAAACACUAAACAAAGAGAGAGAGAGAGAGAGAGAGAGAGAGAGAGAGUUUGUUUUCCGAAAAAGAAACAGAGAAGAAGGCGAAGGAGAAAGGCAAACCAGAAACACCAAUCUUCUCUUUUCUCUUUCAACUUUGAUUGCUGAGUUCUUAAUGGGAGAAGGUGAAACCGAAGGUGAAGAAUUCUUUCCAAGUGGCAAGACAAAGUGGAGGAAGAGAUGCUGAAGAUCCUAUAGAGAAGCAUGUAUUUUCUUAAGAGAUGGGCUUCCGAUCUGGAUUGGCGUCUUCUUCUCUUGAUCCUAACUCCUCUAUCCCUUCUCGUAUUCGUCUCGCUUUCCUCCUCCGCUACCAAUCCUUACAGCCUUUUCUCCUCUUUCACUCCUCUCAAAUCCUUUCUUUCUCCUCAAACACCUCAAUCCCGUUCCCCGCUCCCCUUCCUCACUUCUUCGCCUCCAAUUCCAUCACCCAAUCCCAGCGAUUCGGCGGAGCAGAUGAAAAAGAAGAAGAGGAAAGAGGAGUUGGACCGGUCGAAAAUCGCGAUCUGCUUGGUUGGUGGAGCCAGGAGGUUCGAGCUCACGGGGCCAUCGAUCAUAGAUAAGAUUCUAAAGGUGUACAGGAAUUCAGAUCUUUUCUUGCACAGUCCCUUGGACAAAGACUCCUUCAAGUUCUCUCUAUUGAAGGUGGCUCCGAGGCUCGCUUCUGUUCGAAUCUUCAAACCCAAACCCUUGCCCGAGAACGAAGCACAACUCAGAGUCCUCAGUUCCAACAACUCCCCCAACGGGAUUCAGGGAUUGGUACAGUAUUUCAACCUGGUAGAAGGGUGCCUCACGAUGAUCAAGGAGUAUCAAAUGCAGAAGAACUUCACAUACGAUUGGAUCGUGCGCACCAGAGUCGACGGCUAUUGGUCCGCUCCACUCAGUCCCGAAAACUUUGAACCCAAUCGGUACCUUGUUCCCCCUGGCUCUGAUUUCGGCGGCCUCAAUGACCGGUUAGGCGUCGGCGACCUCAACACCUCCACCGUCGCCCUCUCUCGGCUUUCCCUCAUCCCGCAACUCGAUGCUGCCGGUUUGCGGCAGCUCAACUCGGAGUCUGCUUUCAAAGCCCAACUCACUACCCAAGGGGUCAGCUACUUCACCAGGCGCCUUCCUUUCUGUAUCGUCAGCGACCGCAAGUACUCGUACCCUCCAAUGCGGUUCGGCGUUCCGGUCGCCUCGCUGUCGAGCCCCGGUCCGCUCAGUGGGGCCAAGUGUAGGCCGUGCAAACCGGUUUGCGCCGGACCUUGCGUGGCUGAUGUGGUGGGGACGCUGUACAAGGGUUGGAGCUGGACCCACUGGUCUAAUGGGACCCUUCAACUUUGUGAUGCCCAUGGCGAUUGGGAAAAUGGCUGGGAGAAAAUCUUUGACCGUGUGGCCGGUAAGAAGCUCGCGGCCGUUAGGAAGCGAGUAUCGGAGUUAAAGUUAACGGGAUGCGUUAACGAUUUGGAAGAGAUGAAGAGACGAACCGUUAUUUGGGAUGCUCCGCCGGCGGAUGAGAUUUGUAAGCUCGGACUGGAUCGCAACUGGAGCCAAGCUAACUGUAAAUAGAGAAGUAAAGGUUGGGGCAUUUUCGGGGUUGUAGAAAAGUUGAAAUUUUUCUAGUUUUUCGGUGGUUUUUUUUUUGGGGGGGGUUGGGGGGGGAAGAUUCCUUAUAGGUGGGUGGCGACACCUCACAUUCAACUUACUCACGAUUUUAAAUAUUUUUUCUAAGGAUUUUAUGAGAGAGAGAGAGAGAGAGAGAGAGGCUUCGUUUUGUUUUUUGAAGUUGUUCCCCCAUUAUUUAAAGAUGGGGGGGUUGGAGAUUGCGAUACCAACCUGUAGCACUGUACUAGAAGACUUACCUCAAUUAAUAUUCUCCUUUAUGAAUCCAUUAUUUCCUUCA